GCAAUUUAUAACAAAGAGCUGAACAAACCGAGAUGAGAAGGGUAUGGCUGCACAAAUAAUGUAUUACAGUGGCCUUUUCAGUUUUGUGACAGGACUUGCUGCUGUGCUACAUCGGAAUUGUUGCACAAAGAAGAUGGGGAGAGAGUCGGGAUUGAACCCAGGACUGUCAAGUGUCAAGAGCUUAUGAGAUCCGGCCGAUUCAUGAAAAAUACGAGCGGAGCAGAGCAAUGCCCGUCCAUUCACUGCGGAGAGGAUUGCUCUUCCUGAGCUCUAAUUCGACGAUCCCCAACCCCUCUCCCUUCCCGAAUCCGCCAUUGCUGCCAUUUAUUGCCCUCCGGUUCCUGUCGGCCCAAGCAAGUGAAGAAGAAGACUCCCCUACAGUCUCGGCACUCGUCGAUUCUCUCGGGUCCCCGCCAGAAACCGCCCCAUCAGUUUUCAGGAAGCACCAGGACAAGGACCGUAGGAAUGCUGGCUCCGUGAUUAGGUUACUCAAGAGCCGCGAUUUCUCUGCUGCUCAAAUCUCCGAGAUGGUCCGGAGGUGGCCCCAACUCCUUCGGCUGAAGCCCGAGCGAACACUUUUGCCGAAGCUCGAGUUCUUUCAGUCGAAAGGGCUAUUGAGACCUGACCUCGCGGAGUUAUUAUCUCCAAACCCUUUUGUCUUGUCGAGGAGCUUGGAGAGGUGCAUAAUCCCUAACUUUAACUUCUUUAGGAACCUGCUUAAUUCUGACGUGAAGGCUCUGCAAGUUAUUAUUCGCGUGCAUCGGGCUGGAGCUCACAAGAUCACUGUCGUACCUAAUCUGAAGUAUCUUCGGGACAAUGGGGUGUCCGAAUCGAAUGUCGCUUUCAUAUUACGGUAUCAACCCGAAAAGCUCUAUGUCAGUCGUGCUAGGUUGAGCGAGGCAAUGUCGGUUUUGAAGGGAAUGGGACUCGAUCCACAAAAAUCUGCUUUUCUACAUGCUUUAGCAGCAGUGCUCGGGAUGUCUAAAUCCAGUUGGGAGGGCAAGUUGAGAGUUUACAGGAAUUGGGGUUGGAGCGAGGAAGAGUGUCUUUCUGCUUUUAGGAAAUCCCCGCAGUGUAUGAUGGCAUCUGAGGAUAAAAUCAACCGGGUCAUGAGCUUCUUCGUGGACAGAAUGGGAUGGAAGCCGUCCCUGAUUGCUGAGCAUCCUAUACUUCUGACAUACAGCUUUGAGAAGAGAAUCAUUCCGAGGGCUGCGGUUUUGCAGCUCCUGCUAUCUGAAGGUUUGUUGAAGAAAAAUUAUAGCGUGGUCCAAUUUUUCAAGAUGUCCGAGAUGGUCUUCAUGAAGAGGAUUGCUAAAUUCCCAGAGGUAGCUCCUCGUAUCUUGGCAAUCUAUGAAGAGGAACUGAACAAACCGAGAUGAGAAGGGCAUGACUGCUUGAAUAAAAUAUUGCAGUAGCUUGUUCAGUUUUUGCGACGGGACUUGUUGCUAUGCUACGACAGAGUUGUUGUGCAAAGAAGAUUGUAGGAUACCAUCAUAUCUCUGACUUGCAUCGAGGAAGAUUCCGAUGCAUUUAUGUCUUGGUGCUUGGUAUAUGUCGCCAGCUGCAACUCUAAAACUAACAAUAUAGAGCUGAAGAAAAUCUUAUGCCAUUUAAGGAGGUUGCAGAGGAAUGGGUUUUUCAUUUUACAUUGACUUGGUGAUGCAUUAUGGAGGAACCUUGAAUAGCACAGUUGAGCAGCAGAUAGGUUCUCGAAGAGAACUCGGGGUAAUCGUAAUUGUAAACUGUCAAUAGUGAGAGCUGUUUUUUUCACCGAGAGUUAUCGUAUUGAUUACGAUCCUGCUGUAAAGGUUCAUUUUGAUGUUUAAGAGAAGAUAAUGUAGAUCAAAUUUUUUAAACUUUUUAAGGAGAUAUUUCAUUAUUUAAUUUACAUAUUGUAGAGACUCUUUUUCUGCAUCAGAUUGUUCUGGUAACGUACUGGAAUGCAACAGACCAAAAUUAGUGAUGAA